AAAAGCCCAUGGAUUCUGAAAGUCCCGGGUUGAGAAACGCUGUUCUAGCCCGCGGGUCACUAGAGGGUGACCGCAGGGUUAAUAGGGCGGGAGCAUUAGGGAAAAGUUUUAAUUGGCAGGGACCACAAGCCAAUCAGGAAGCAGGGGUGCGGGUGGGGCACGGCUGAAUCCGCCCAAGAAGGGAGGCUCUUUCCUCCACAUCACAAGGGAAGACUUUCCGGGUGCUUGCAAUGAAAGACCGGCGGGGCGGAGAAAACUUGGGGUUGUGGGUGCUGAGGGACUUUGGGUUCAAGUUCCAAUCCUGAACCCCGAGCAGCCUAAAGUUCCCCUUGGGCAAAUUAGGCUCAGCUGGGAUUCUGCAGAUCCACUUCAGAGUACGGCCGUCGUUGGAAAGUGUGUCGUCUUUAAAGUUGCCGAUUUUAUUUUAAAGUGCUUAAAAGUUUUCGCACUCAGCGUUUUCUAUUUUCCCAUAUUUCUCUCUCUCUCUCUCUUUUUUUUUUUUUUUGGCCGCACCCGCGGCAAGUGAAAGUUCUCGGGCCAGGAAUUGAAGCUUCACCACCGCAGCAACCCGAGUUGCUGCAGUGACUGCGCCGGAUUCUUAAGGGAACUCCUUUCCCUCCAUAUUGUCCAGGCUAAUGGGCCCUGCUGGAAUUUGCGCCUCGUGUAUCCUGGAGCUUUUGAUAUCCUGGUCCAAGCUUGAACUUGGCACCAACCGGCACCGAGUUUAGAGUGUCAGGGAGUUAGCAAAGACCAAAGAACUGUGAGCUCGACCACCCAGAAGGCACCAGAAGAGUCGAGUCCCCAGGGGCGCCCCUUUGUUGAUCCGUCGUUCCCUGCUGGAGGAAGAGGAGCAGCUCUCACAGGGACCCUCCAGCCUCGUAAGAGCGGCAAGUCCUCCAAGUCCCUCGUCGCGGGUAGUUCUUCCUGUCUUCUAACUCGGGCGCCAGUGUCUUACCUGCUCAGUGGACAAGGUGGGCUUUGGCCCAGAGGCUUGGGGGACUGGCGGUAGAGGACGGUAACGGGAAGGAACCGCGGGGAGCGCGGAGUUGAGGGGCGGGACGCCGGGACGGACUGGGCGGCCCAGACUGGGGCACCGCCCCUGCGCUCCGCGCACACCCGGAAGCAGCGCCAAUCCAGUGGAGCCCGGCGGGCGUGGGAAUCCGGGCCGGGCCAAGGCGGUCAGGAGGCAGAAUGGCAGCUGGGCCAAAUGGGCUCGAGGAAUGGGUGGGCAGCGCAUACCUGUUUGUGGAGUCCUCGCUGGACAAGGUGGUCUUGUCAGAGUCCUACGCUCACCAGCAGCACAAAGCAGCCGUGUACAGGGCUCUGCGGACUGCCCUUGCAGAGAGUGGCGGGAGCCCGGAGGAGCUGCAGAUGCUCAAGAUUCACCGCAGCGAUCCGCAGCUGAUUGUUCAAUUGCGUUUCUGUGGGCGCCAGGCCUGCAGCCGCUUCCUCCGGGCCUACCGCGAGGGGGCACUGCGCACCGCUCUGCAGGCGUGCUUGGAGGCUGCUCUGGCCCUGAGUUCCGUGCCUUUGCAACUGGAGCUGCGCGCCAGCGCAGAGCGGCUGGACGCCUUGCUGACAGACGAGGAACGCUGUUUGAAUUUCAUCUUCGCCCAGAAGCCUGACCGGCUCCGGGAUGAGGAACUCACAGAGUUGGAGGAUGCGCUCAGAAAUCUGACCUGCGGCUCAGGGGGCCAAGGGGGUGACGUGGAGGGCGCUCCAGCCACCUCUACUGCGGAGAAGCUGCCGCCACCGCCGUCUGGCCAGACUUUUCUGUUCCAGGGUCAGCCUGUCGUGAACCGGCCGCUGAGCCUGCAGGACCAACUGACGUUUGCGCGCUCAGUGGGCCUCAAGUGGCGCAAGGUGGGGCGCUCCUUGCAGCGUGGUUGCCGGGCGCUGCGGGACCCGGCUCUUGACUCACUGGCCUAUGAAUACGAGCGCGAAGGGCUGUACGAGCAGGCCUUUCAGCUGCUGCGGCGCUUUGUGCAGGCCGAGGGCCGCCGAGCCACGCUGCAGCGCCUGGUAGAGGCCCUUGAGGAGAACGAGCUCACCAGCCUGGCAGAAGACUUGCUGGGCCUGGCGAAUCCCGAUGGCAGCCUGGCCUAGACUGAGUACCAGAGAAAGAGGGUGGUCAGCCAGUUGCCCAGCCAGGGUUUGGGGCACCUGGAUGACCAUAGGUUCCCUUCUGCUGCUACUGCUGAUCUUCUGUCCAUCCAUGGGACUCUGAGAUGACACUCAACCCCACUUCGCUGAGCUGCUGGAGCUGCUGGGCAGAGGUGACUGCCCUCUCCGGGAGACGGACAAGCAUCCAUUAUGCCUGCUGGAGGUUCUGCUCUAAAUACUAUGAUAGAGACAGAGUUAACUGGUGACCUGCUGCAGAAGUCUGCCUCACCCUCUCCCACCCCAGAAGAGGGGCUUUCAGCCAGACCUUACCUCUUCAUUCACCGAAUGAACAAUUAUUAUUCAUUAAUUCAUUAAGGACCUGCUGUAUCUUAGGCAUCAUCUUAAGUGUUCCAAAUAUUGUGCUGAAACAAGAUACACGAAUCCUGCCUGCUCCCAGUUGACACUCAGUAUGGUACUCUGAAUAUUAAGCAUCAGUAAUAAAAUACUACCCACUUUUUGAUGUGAAAAA